AUUGACGGGCUUGCAUAGACGCGCUAGGCACGAUCGGCACGAUAGUGUGUCGUUAGUCGUCGUCUCGCUUAAUAAGUUAAUAUUUCAGGGCAAGUUCACUCACGAACUCGAUGCUCUCGCAUCGUUUUCGAGCAUUAUACACAUUUUAACUGCUAAAACAGCCGGAACGGUUGUAAAUUUAUUACGUGAAAAUGAUUUACACAGUGCUUGCAACAAUUAGUUUCCUGAUCUUUUUGCUGUCAAAUCGUCGAUAUCGAUGGAUUUACAUCAUUUACAAAACAUAUCGCAGAGAUCUCACAGCUUUUAAGCGUUUUGUACAUUUAAAUAUUCGCAUGUGGUAUCUACAGAAAACCAACACGACAGUGGUAAAAGCGUUUAAAAAAUGCGCCGAGAAACAUCCGGAUAAAAUUGCAAUACAUUUUCAAGAUUCCUCGUGGACUUUUAAACAGUUAGAUGAUUUCAGUGAUAAAAUUGGCACGUAUUUCAAAAACGCCGGUUAUCAGCAAAAUGACACAGUGGCUUUGCUUUUGAUGGGAAGACCGGAAUACGUCGGGAUUUGGUUAGGCUUAGCCAAAAUUGGAGUUGUCACUGCGUUAGUCAAUACAAAUUUAUCCAACGAGCCAUUGUUGCAUUCCCUGAGGGCAGCUAAAGCAAAAAGUUUAAUUUAUGGCUCGGAAUUUAAAACUGUGAUUAAUAAUGUGGUGGAUAAUAUACAAAAUCUUCCCCUUUAUGAGUUAUCAGAGACUGACAAUAACACAGAAGUUGAUUCCUCGAGGAUUAACUUGAGAAAUGAAUUAAACACAGUCCAAACAGAAUCUUUGAGUAAAUAUUACUCCAAAAUCAAUGCCAAAGAUAAAUUAAUGUAUAUUUACACUUCCGGGACGACUGGAUUACCCAAAGCUGCUGUUAUCACAAAUAGUAGAUAUAUUUUCAUGACGAAUGCAUGUAAUGUUAUGACAGCCAUGGACGAUUCAGAUGUUUUAUAUGAUCCUCUUCCUUUGUAUCACACUGCUGGUGGAAUUGUAGGUUUGGGCCAAUGUGUAGUAAAUGGAUUAACCGUGGCCAUUCGCAAAAAGUUUUCAGCGAGUAAUUUUUGGCCUGAUUGCACUAAAUACAAGUGCACUUGCGCUCAGUAUAUCGGAGAAUUAUGUAGAUAUCUCCUGGCUGUACCAGAGAAACCUAAUGAAAACACCACGGUCAAAAUGAUGGUCGGAAAUGGGCUGAAAGCCCAAAUUUGGGAAAAAUUCGUCAAACGGUUCAAUAUCCAGCAAGUCUACGAGUUGUACGGAUCUACUGAAGGAAAUUCUAAUUUAAUUAAUUUGGACAGUAAGGUCGGUGCAGUGGGUUUUACGCCGCGGUACGCGUGCGGUCUGCAUCCAGUCACGCUCGUCCGAUGCGAUGAUAAUGGCGUGCCAAUUAGGAACGCCAAAGGUCACUGCAUCGAAUGCCAAAUCGAGGAACCGGGCGUAUUCGUCGGUAAAAUCGUCCACAAAAAAGUCUUCAACGAGUUCGUUGGUUAUGCGGAUGACGAUGCAACGAGUAAGAAAAUUCUGAAAAAUGUCUUCAAACAAGGAGAUCGCUAUUUUAACAGUGGAGAUGUCCUGGUUCAGGAUGAAUUGGGGUAUUUUUAUUUCAAGGAUAGAACUGGGGAUACUUUUAGAUGGAAAGGUGAAAAUGUUGCGACGUCAGAAGUCGAAGCUGUUAUCAGUAAUAUUGUUAACUUGAACGAUGCUGUUGUUUAUGGCGUAGAGAUCCCGAACACAGAUGGCAGAGCUGGCAUGGCAGCCAUUGUCGAUGAAAGUAACACUUUGGAUUUAAACAAAUUCGGGAAGGAAGUUGUUAAGUCACUUCCCGCAUACGCUUUGCCUCUAUUUUUACGCAUCAUGAAAGAAGUACCACUGACAGGUACCUUUAAACUGAAGAAAGUUGAUCUUCAAAAAGACGGAUUCAAUGUAAACAAAAUUCAGGACAAAUUGUAUGUAUAUGAUUUCAAAGCCAAGCAAUACAUGCUUUUAACCAAAGAUAUCUAUGAAGACAUUUUAAGUGGGAAAGUCAGGUUAUAAAUCAUUUUUAUAAACUUCAAAACACCAAAAAGGAUAUAUCGUCUAAAAUUAAAGAAAUAAAUGUGAUUAUACAUA